GCCGCGACGGCACUGCCGCCGCCAUCCCAGUGAGCUGGAAUUGGUAACGCGUCCCAAGUUGGUCCUGCAGGAGGCCGCUCCCCAGUUACCCAAAGAGGCGUCCGGGCCGGCCGGCGGUGAUAGCAGCCUCGCUACCAGCUUUACUAUUGUCUCGACCACCACCAGUAGCAGCAGCAGCAGCAGCUCUGAGCCCAACAGCACCAUGGACCUCUCCUUCAUGGCCGCGCAGCUUCCAGUUAUGGGAGGAAUAUUUAUGGACUCACCCAAUGAGGAAUUUAGCACAGAAUAUUCUUUGUUUAAUUCAUCUGCGAAUGUCUACACUGCUGCCUCAGUGCCAAACCAGCCAGAAGAGACAUCUCGUUCUUCAAAUGAUGCCAUUUUGUUAUGGAUUGCAAUUAUAGCCACAAUUGGGAACAUUGUAGUUGUUGGAGUUGUGUAUGCAUUUACAUUCUGAGAGAUA